GUGAAGUAUUGUGUACAUGUCAUUACUUUAGUUGUACUUUCUGUUUCAACAUUCGCGUGUAGAGACACAAAAUAUUUCAUAUUGUAAAGUUCUAGAAAAGAAAAAUUUAUUAACACGCAAAAAUAUUUUAAUACUUAAGUCUGUUGAUAGUUAUUAAAUUUGUGUAUUUUGAUUGACACGCAAUAUAAAUUUAUAAACAAUGGUUGAGUCUGAUCAAAGUGACAAAGAAACUCUGGACGAAAUGCCUUCAGAAGUUUCUGACAAUUCUAUGGAUACAAAUGAACAUAAACAAAAAAGGUUACGAGAGGAGACCUCAGAAAAUGAAAAAUCAGAUUUACCUUCGAAAAAACUAUGCACAUCCAUCGAUGAAACAAUAUUUGAUAAUAGCUUGGAAGCAAAUGGUGUUGUCAAAGAAAUAAAAGAAAAUACAAAGGAUAUAGAUAUUGAUAAUAAAAAGGAUAAAAUUAAGUCAGUUACAGAUGAAAGUACAAAAGAGUUAUGUCUUGAAGUAUCUGAUAUUAAAAACAAUGAAACAUCAAUCAAUAAUGACAUCGCAAUGGAAAAGAAAGAUGAUUCUAAUAUCUUAACAGAUGAAAAACAGCAGGAAAGUACAUGCAUUGAACCUGUAUCGGAUCUUAAUGUUGAAAAUACAAUAGAAAAAAAAACAGAAGCAAAAGAAGAAGAAAAAGAAAAAGAAGAUAAUGUUAAGUCAAAAAAGAAAGACAAAAAAUCCCAAAUUGAAGAUGCUGAAGUAGUCGAAGGUUUGGAACUUUCUGUAGAAUGUGCGAGCGACAAAGAAUCUUCAAGUUCUUCUGAAAGUGAAAGUGGGAAAGAUAAAAAACUUAAACCAAAAACAAUAAUUGUCAAAGCAAAACCUAAUGAUUCAGAACUUGAUGUUAGUUCCUCUGAGGCGGACAAAUCAGAUUCACAAGAUACACCUGAAAUUAAACCUAAACAAAUUGCAAAGAAAGAGAAAAAAAGAAGUAGGACUUCCUUUAGCAAAACAAAAAAUACUGACUCUGAAGAGAAUGAUGAUGUUUCGGAUGAAGAUUACAGUCCAAAAACUAAAAAGAAACUCAAAAAAACAAUAGCAAACAAGAAAUCUACAAAAUCAGUCACAGAAUUAAAAAAAGGACGAGGCAGAGCAAAAAAGAAGAAUCAAGUUGAGAAUAUGGAUGGUGAAGAUGAAAAUUCUAAUAUAACAGAAGAUCUAAAGUCGGAAGAAAAUAUAUCUGAUUUAAAAUCAGUAAAAAGUAAAAGUGAAAAUGAAAGUGACAGUGAAGAUAAUUCUACAGAUGAAAAAACUAGUAAACCUGAAAAUGAUAAGAAAAUAUUAUUAUUAAAAAAAUAUAUUAGACUUGCUGGAAUACAUGUGAAAUCAUACAAUGAUCUUUGGGCUGGUUGUAAAUCAAAUGCUGCAAAAGUAAGAUGUCUUAAAGAGUUAUUGGCAAAAAAUGGAAUUAAUGGCAGACCAUCUAUAGAAAAAUGUAAAAAAGCCAGAGAAAGAAAUGAAAGUCUUAAGGAUGUUGCUGAGUUAAAUACAAGCAAUAUUAUUUCAGAAGGACGCGUUACACGUGCUCAAAGAAAUAAAGAUUCCAAUAAAGAAUCGUCAAAACAAUCAGAGACACCUACAAAAUAUCGUGAAGCACGUAGUACGUUUAAAAGAGUUUUAACUGUUGUUGAUAGCGAUUCAGAAUGAAGCGUCAUAAAGUUUUAAACAAGUUGGUAAAUCAUCGAUAUUACGUGUACUACUUUUUAUAUAUCUACCUUUUGUGACAGGUAUAUAUGUAUACUAUAUUUAUUUUAUAGAAAAAAAAUUACAUACAUUUUAAAAACAGUUACUAAUCAGUGAGUUUAAACGUCAAAAGUAAAAUAUUACAAUAUUUUUGCUUAAUAUAUCUUAAACACUACUGUUUUAAAGUAAAAAAGACAUUUAAUUAUUAUAAGAAUUAUUUAUUAUGACAAAAAUAUAUUUUAUAUUGGAAGAUUUGCCUUUGAACUUAAUGUGUAAAAAAUUUAUAUAUUUAAAAAUUAUUUUAUAUCUUUUGAAUAUACUUAUUUGAAAUUGAUCUAUCAACUUUUUAGGGAAUUAUACUGAAUAGAAAAUCCAGAUGAUAGAAUAACCUACUUUGUUACCUUGGAAUUUAUAAAAGCAUUUGGAGCUUUUAAUAAAUAUAGUAUUUAGAGGAUUUUAUAGAAUUUUAUAGUUACUUAUUAAUAUUUCUUAAUUAAAUUUUAUAUAAAGUAUAAAACUAUAUGUAUGUAAUACAAUACUAGAAUUUUUAGAUAUAAUUCUAUUGAUAUAAUCAUAAUUUGAUACAAUACUUUGAGAUAUUUCUAAAUGCACAUAUCUUUUUUUUGAAAACAAUUUGAAUAAUUUAUUAGAAAAACUGGUAUACUUCAUUAUCGAAAUAUUCUAAAAAACUUAUGUUUAAUAUUAGUAAUAAAAUAUAGAAGUAAGAUAUCUUUUAUAAUGAAU